AUGGCAAGUGAAAAGAACCUAAAAAAAGGAAGAUUAGUCACAUCAAAAUUUUCGCAAGCAAAAUUCAAGGUAGAGCUCCCCAAAUUUAUCUCAGAAAUGGAGCUUGAAGAUAUCAUAGGGCAGCCUCCUAGCAACAGUAAAUUAGAAAUAAGCCAACUUACCCCAACUCCUCGAAGUUCAAGUUUAGCAGAAAUUCGCAGAAGACCUAAAACCCCUUCUUCCAGUCAAGAAAAUAAAAGUGUUAGGAAUUUAUUUAAAAGACGAGACGCACAAAAGCAUAUUAAUGUUGUCCCCACAAGCAUGACUCCUAGGCAGCACAGCACAGAAUCAUCGUUUAUCCAUCAAAUUAAAGAUUUAGCUUUAAAACUGAGCCAAGAAAGGCAGAAAAAUGAAGAAUUGGAAAGCCUGGUCAGACUGAUGGAAAGCAGACAUAAAUUUGAGCUGGAUAAUGCUAAAAAACGACAUGAAAAAUUAUCGAUGAUAAAUAAGAAGUUAAUUGAGGAUAAGGAUGAGCUGGAAACAAGGUUAAAUGAAGAGAUACUGAAAUUGAGAAGGGAAAUUGAAGAAAAUUGUGGAGCUUUUAAUGAAGUUUUGAGGUGUAAUAAAAGUUUGAUUGAAAAUUUGAUGAUUGAAAGGACUGGAAGUGCUUUGUUUGCGAGGGAUACGAAUCUGAUAUAUUUAGUUAUAGGGGUAAAUAAAGGGGAGUAUUGAAAAAAAUUAUAUUUUUGAUAGAAAUUGGCAAUUUAUAAAUAAAAGGUAAUAAAGAAUAAUUUAAAUAGGCAUAAUAACAGAUGACAUUAUUGAAAAAAUUGAAAAAUAUAAUGAGAAAAUAGAAGAAAUCUGUAAAAUUAGCACAAAAAUCGAGAAAGAAAAUAACAUAAUUCAAAUAAAAGCAUUUGAAAUGUCACCAACUACAGGAGAAACAGAGCAUGGGCUAUUAAAAACCAUAACAUUUAGAAAAGAAACAAAUUCUUUUAAUUCUCCCUCAGACACUAUAGGAUCAAGACAAGCUACAGCACUAUUUAAUUUUACAGCAAAAGAGCCUGACGAGCUUAAUUUUAAUAAAAAUGACCGUAUUACAAUAAUUUCCCAGCAUGAGGAUGGCUGAUGAAUCGGAAAACUUGGUGAAAGCAUUGGUAAAUUUCCAGGUAGCCUUGUAAUAUUAGACACGUAA